AUGGCAGAAAAGGAGACCAAGGCCAGCGGAAAAGCUCUGGACAUCGAUCAGCUGAUGUACGAGCUGGGCCAGUACCGCAAGUUCCACCUGUUGAACUAUUGCCUCCUGUCAGCGCCAUUGUUGCUUUAUUGUAUGUACUGGAUCAACUACGUGUUCCUGGCUGCUGAUGUACCAUACAGAUGCGUGGUGCCGGAGUGCGAGGCUGCUAACAGCACGGACUACAAUCCCUCAUGGCUGGCAAGCGCUCUGCCCACUGGGGAACAGGAGAAACGGUGCUACAGCCGCGCGCCCUUAGACAACCAUCUUCCGUGCCAAGAUGGUGCAUUUACAGAAGAGCUGCGCGCCUGUGAUCAUUGGCUCUACGCAUCUAACGACACCAUAGUUGCCGAGUUCAAUUUGGCGUGCCAGGAGUGGAAGCGAACUCUGGUGGGGACGAUCCAUAACAUUGGGAAGCUGGUCUCAUUGCCAAUCUUCGGAUAUAUAUCCGACCGUUGGGGUCGCAAGUGGGCGCUGGUGCUGAGCUGCACUCUGGUUGGCGCCAUCGGUACCCUGAAAGCAUUCUCUGUUUCAUACGAAAUGUACAUCAUUGUGGAGUUUCUGGAGACCGUAGCUAGCGCCAGUCUCGUUCCAGCUGCUUACAUCCUAGCAAUCGAGCUUGUAGCACAAGACAAACGAGUACAUGCUACAACAUUUAUGGGCAUUUUAUUUGUACUUGGCGGCCUUAUUUUUGCUUUGUUGGCCAAAAUCUUACCUUACUGGCGUACCUUCAUACUGGUCGUCUACCCACCAUCUUUACUCUUCCUUUCCUACAUUUAUCUGCUACCUGAGAGUAUCCGAUGGCUGCUAUCACAGAAUAGGAAAGAGGAAGCAGUGGAAAUAAUAAUGAGAGCUGCAAAAAUGAACAAUGUAACUCUAUCAGAGGAGACAAUGAUGAAGUUGAAGAUGGAAGAAAAUAUUGAAACGACGGAGGCGAAGCAGGAUUUGGAAGAAGAAAAAGGCCUGUGGAUCCAAGUACUGCAUUCACCCAUCAUCAUGAAACGCCUUGCCAUAUGUUCCUGGUGGAUGAUCACGUGCAAUUUCGUCUACUACGGGCUGGCAAUCAACUCGGUGUCGCUUGCUGGUGAUAAAUACACCAACUUCAUGCUGGUGGUGAGCGUGGAGUUGAUUGCAGUGAUCUCUAACGCGCUGGUGCUAGACCGUAUUGGAAGAAAGAAGACGCUGCUAGUCGCGUUCACCAUAUGCGGGAUUUCGUGCGUGGCUCUAACGUUUUUACCGAAAUCGAUACCAUGGUUACAAAUACUCCUGUACUUAAUAGGCAAGAUCACAAUCACGCAGGCGUUUUAUGGCAUCUAUAUGUACAUAUCUGAACUUUUCCCGACGCAUGCGCGUCAAUCGCUGCUCAGCUUUUGCUCAAUGGUCGGCCGUAUCGGUUCCAUCAUCGCCCCGCAGAUGCCGCUAAUGGCGAUAUACAUAGAUUGGUUACCGUCAGUACUAUCUGGUACGACAGCCCUAAUUGCUGGUGUAUUAAUGCUGACUACACCAGAAACCCUCAACACACGGUUACCCGAUACAAUUAGCGAGGCUGAACAAAUAGCAGCAACACCGAGCAAUCCAACCGUCAUUAACAAGGAAACGCAUCACGACGUCACAGGCUCAUAG